AUGUCGCUUGAUAGGGUUGAGGGAGCGAAAACCUCUAUAUUGGAAGGGUUCAAGCCAAGGGAGAUGGAGGGCGACGCCACAAAGGGCCCGACCUGGGACAGCUUUAGGAAAACAGCCAAGCACAUGAUGAUCGAUAUUGAUGAUGUCGACGAUGAAGACCUCCUCGUGCAUCUUCCUCAGGCUGUGCGCUUUAUCGAAGAGGGCCUAUACCCCAAGGAAAGCCCAUCAGAAGAUGACGACUCUUCCAGCGGGGAAGACGACUCCAAGCCAAAGGGGCGGUUUUCGUACAUUGUGCCAUGGGCAACCGACCCAAGCUCUAGGAAGGGAGGCGCUACCGAGGCUGUAAACGGCGCGAUUGAGUGGAUUAGGAGGAGUCGAUCUAUAGCUGAUCCCAACUGGGGGUUCAGGUCGCAGCUUAAGCUAUGGUGGGAAAUGGGGUGCCCCGAAGAUGUCGAGUCGCACCCCAUCUACCGUAAGUGGGCCUACAAGAGGGAGAUCGAGAGGAGCGUCGCGUGCGGCAUGGCGCCGGAAUUGAGGUUUGAAGACGAAGAAGUCAGCCGGACAAAGCCCGCAGCCGGCGCCGAGACCACGCAGUCGGCGGCCUCCGCAGCCGAGCCGGAGCUGAGGUGUCGCAAGUGCCGCAAGACCCUCGCCACGGCCCCCUUUAUUGUCGCGCUCAGCCACGGCGGCGGUGCGGCAGCGAAGACGGUUGAGGCGCACGCGCCGAUCCCCUCUGGGCCUUGCCCGCACUACUUCAUCGAACCUCUCGUGGAUGCGGCCUACCCUGGAGCAAGGGGACCUCGAGGGCCGGCUUUUGCCCCAAUUCCAAAUGCGGCGCCUCGGUUGGCCGAUACUCUUGGAAGGGGUUUCGGUGCUCGUGCGGCGAGUGGGUCACGCCGGCUUUCUCUUUGCAAAGGCCAAAGUCGAUGUGGUGACGAGGGCGGUGAGGCCGCCCGCCUCACUCGGGAUCCGGAUGCCUCCAGAUCCCUCGAAUCCUAUGAUAACAUGGGUCCCGUCGACCAGGACCCGCGAUGGAAGCCGAUGGGCGACUUGGCCGACUACCUCCGCCGCACGUUUCCCUUGAUUCACAAGGGCGACUCCGUCACGCUCGACAAGAUCAACACCUACGGACUCCUUUACACGUGGCACGGCAGCGACGACUCCUCAAACCCAGCGUGCUCAUGGCCCACCAGGACGUGCGGCCACUACGACGGCAGGUUCAUCUGGGGCCGCGGGUCGGGCGACUGCAAGAACUCCCUCGUCGGCAUCCUCGAGGCCAUCGAGCUCCUGAUUGACGCCGGCUACAAGCCGAAGCGCACCGUCCUGCUGUCCUUUGGCUUCGACGAGGAGAUCUCGGGCGGCCGCGGCGCGCAGAGCCUCUCGCAGGCCAUCCUCGACAGAUAUGGUAAGAACGGGAUCGCCACCGUGGUGGACGAGGGCGCUGGCGUCGUCAAGCAGUGGGGCAAGGAGUUCGCCGUUCCCGGCGUCGCGGAGAAGGGUUACAUCGACGUCGAGAUCAUCGUCCGCAUGCCCGGCGGCCACUCCUCCGUGCCACCCGACCAUACCGGCAUCGGCAUCACGUCGGAGCUCAUCACCCUCAUCGAGGCCAACCCAUACGAGCCCCGCAUCCACGACGAGAACCCUUUCCUCAGUCUCCUGCACCACAAGCACAAGGAGGAUAAGCUCGCCAAAGAAGCCGCCAAGGCCGGGCCCCUGGUCAAGUACCUCUUCACCACCUCGGUCGCCGUUGACGUCAUCUCCGGCGGCGUCAAGGUCAACGCCCUUCCGGAGCAGACCCGCGUCCUCGUCAACCACCGCAUCAACGUCGGUUCCAGCUCAGCCGACGUCAAAGACAAGAUCACGCGCCUCGCGGAAAAGGUGGCCAAGAAGUACGGCCUCACCGUCCACGCGUUCGAGCCCAGCGAUGACGACUCCGAAGAGGCGGAGCUACGCUCCAUCACCCUUCGCCACUCCAAGGCCGUUCUCGAGCCGGCACCCGUUUCCCCGACCUCUGUCGACGGCACGACCCCUUAUUCCAUCCUCGCCGGCACCACGAGGGCCCUGUAUGGCGAGGACAUGAUUGUCGCCCCCGGUCUCAUGACGGGCAACACAGACACCCGAUAUUAUUGGGACCUGAGCGACCACAUCUUCCGCUUCGCCCCCGGCUGGGACCCCGACUACGACUUCUGGGAAGGCAUUCACACCGUCAACGAGAAGCUUAGCGCACUUGCCCACAUUCGCACCGUUCAAUGGUAUAGCAAAUUUAUCCGGAAUAUGGAUGAAGCCGACCUUGAUUAA